UAGAUUCUAUACUGGCGUUCGCUCGCGUUCCAAAAACGCCAACCAAAUACGCUUUCAAUUUUCAAACCAAAAUGGAGGAUUUGUCGGUCGAGGUGUACGGUGAAAAUGGUGCUUAUUAUAAGGCCAUUGUCACCGACGUGCUCGACAACGAGGUUCUUGUAACCUUUGAGAAUGACUGGCAACCGGAGUCGAAGUUCCCCUUCUCUCAAGUGUUCUUGCCACCGAAAGACACCGGAAAACAUACGGAGUUCGUGGAGAACCAGGAGGUGGAGGUUUUCGCUAGGUCAAAUGAGAAGGAAGCAUGUGGGUGGUGGACAGCUAAUAUCAAGAUGAUAAGGGGUGAAUUCCUCGUGAUAGAGUAUUUAGAAUGGGACAACUGCUACACUGAAAUCGUGCCAAAGGAUCGCCUCAGAGUCAAGACGGCCAAGACACCCAUCGAUAAAAAUACCUUCCACAAGUUUGAAAUUACGGUUCCCGAUGAUCUCAAGGACUACGCGAAGGUGGAGAAUGCACACAAGGAGUUCCAGAAGGCGAUCGGCGCGGCGCUGGUGUGGUACGUGCCCGAGAAGACCGCGUUGGCCGUCAUCUCGCGCUGCGACACCUCGCAGAAGCGCGCCCAGAUGCUGCAGGAGAUGCACUUUAGGAAUCUAACUCAGAAACUGUUAUUGCUGAAAAAGACUGAAGAAGCGGCAAGACAAUUAGAAUCCACCAAAAUACACAAUCAAGGAGGCCCAGACCAGUAUUCGAGAUAUUCUCGGCCGGGCAACGAACACGGCACGGGGGAUCCCAAUUGGUACACAGACGAGUUCAGUGUUCGCGAGGACCUGAUGGGGCUGGCCAUCGGCACGCACGGCGCCAACAUACAGCAGGCGCGCAAGGUCUCCGGCGUCACCAACAUCGAGCUGGAGGAGGUCUCCUGCACCUUUAAGAUCUGCGGCGAGAGCGUGGAGGCGGUGCGGGCGGCGCGGUCGCUGCUGGAGUACGCGGAGGAGUCCAUCAAGGUGCCGCGCGCGCUCGUCGGGAAGGUCAUCGGCAAGAACGGGAAGGUCAUACAGGAGAUCGUCGACAAGAGCGGCGUCGUGCGGGUGAAGGUAGAGGGCGACAACGAGCCACAGCCGUCUGCGCCGCGCGAGGAGGGCAUGGUCCCGUUCGUGUUCGUGGGCACCAGGGAGAACAUCGCCAACGCACAGGUGCUCGUCGAGUACCACGUCGCUCACCUCAAGGAAGUGGAACAGCUGCGCGCGGAGAAGCAAGAGAUCGACCAGCAGCUGCGCGUGGUGAUGGGCGGCGCCAUGACGGCCUACCCCCCGCCGCGGGGGGCCCCCGCGCAGCGCGCGCGCCGCCUGCGACCGCCGCCCGCGCGGUACGCGCCCGGCGGGCGGCGUAUGACGCCUGAACUCGGCGACGAGCGCGGAGGAGAGCGAGACACCGGCUACCGACCCCGCACCACGCGCCCCCCGCCCCGCACCAACAGAUCCAGUGAGCGAGGCGAGCGCGGAGAGAGGCCGGAGAGAGGAGAGCAGCGCGGCGAGCGGACGGACACGCGGCGGCCCGCGGCCGGCGGCGACGAGCGACGCCCGCCGCUGGAGAACGGACGGCCGCACCCCGCGCGGCCCGCGCGCCUCCCCGACACGCGGCCCGCCGCGCGGCCCGGCGACACGCGCGCCCCGAGUGGCAGACGACGCGAGGAUCGACGGAGGCAAACUGACGACGAGAGCUCCGUGAUAGACAGCCAAGAUGUUUCCAGCGCCGACAGAGACUCGGCCACGUCGGAGGAGGGACGCGCACUACACCACGCCGCCAGGCGACGACGGCGACGCCGGCAAGGAGGCGGGUGGAAGAACGGCGUCAGCGGCGGCGGCGGCGCCCCCUCCGUCGCCGGGCCCGCCCCGGCCGCGGGCGGCGCGGGGGGCGCGGGGGCGGCGGGGGCGGGGGCGGGCGCGGCGGGGGGCGCGGGGGAGGGCGCGGCCGCCGCGGACAAGCGCGCGGCGGCCAAGCGACGCUCGCCGCUCGCCAAGGCCAAGCCCGAGCCGCUCGUGAACGGCACCGCGUAG